CUUAAGACGGCUUUCAUAGAUACUAUUGAAGAGAUGUCCAGGCCUGGACUCUGUUCUAUGGAAUCUCCCUUUCUCGAUCAGCAGGCAGUUCUGAAGUGCCAAUACGAUAUGGUAAAUGAAGGAAUUGAGAUGCUAAAACGGCAGAACCUUCACCUAGUCUCGAAAGCAGUCUCUACGAUAUGCUUUGAAACCGUAACUGCUGGAAGUUUUAGUAAUAUCAAUAGCUUGUCUGACGAGAUGAAAGCUGCUGUAUUAAAGGCUUUCCAGGAAUCCAAAGGCGCUGUAGAAUUUCCUUCUCAAUCUCGAGAAGAUAACAACAUCAAGAAGUUCUAUGCGCAAAUGCAUCGGUCCGGAAUUGGCCGUUCAAGAAGGCUGUUCACGACGCAAGAGGGCCGUCUUGGCAUGGCAAACGGGAACAUCAGAAAAGGCGACCGAGUAUGCCUCGUCUCUGGAGCCCCAGUUCCUUUUGUUUUACGAGGUCCAAUUGCUAAUUAUCGCUGGCACGCUAUCUACCAUCUCGUAUGCGAUGCAUAUGUGUACGGAGUUAUGUAUGGAGAGGCAUCUGACGUCAAUAGCUAUCCAUUCGAGACCAUCUUGUUGGAAUAGGCAUUCCUUUCCGCUGAUACUAUUCUCUACUUUGGAACGCCUACUGGUAUCGUUCUUGUGGGUAGAAUCAACGAGAAGGCUUCAACUACAUUAGAAUGCCUCUCCCAAGAACCGUCCUCCUAAUUCCACUGAGUUUGAAAGUUGAGUGCAUGAGACGACGUCUAUAGUAGCGAUACGACGUCACCUAUUAGGGACUGCCGUGAAAACAGCCUUUUUUUGUAUAGAAUACAAAGCUCAGGGUAGAACUCUAAGCCGAUGGUACUAGAGAUGAAUAAAAAGAGAAAAGUGCAGGCAAGCAGGCAAGCAGCCCCAAGCCGAUACUACCCG